GAUGGGGAAAGCACAAUGCUCAGUUUUCUGUUCUCUGCCUGCGUAUGCCACACUGUCUCUGUUUCUGGAGAUUCUGACUGUUUCUGUCUUUUUUUUGCAGGAGCAGGCGAGUCUGGGAAGAGCACUAUAGUCAAACAGAUGAGGAUCUUGCACGUCAACGGCUUCAAUGCUGAAGAGAAAAAACAGAAAAUUCAGGACAUUAAAAAUAAUAUUAAAGAAGCUAUAGAGACGAUAGUGGCAGCAAUGAGCACGUUAACACCGCCUGUCCAGUUAGCCAGUCCCGAGAACCAGUUUCGGAUCGAAUACAUCCUUAACCUAGUCAACCAGAAGGACUUUGAGUUCACUGCGGAGUUUUAUGAACACACAAAGACCCUUUGGCAGGAUGAAGGAGUGAAAGCCUGCUACGAGAGGUCUAAUGAAUACCAGCUGAUCGACUGUGCGCAGUACUUUUUAGACAAGAUUGACAUCGUCAAACAGAGUGACUACUCCCCACCUGAUCAGGACCUUCUCCGAUGCAGAGUCUUGACAUCUGGGAUCUUUGAGACCAGAUUUCAGGUGGAUAAAGUCAAUUUUCACAUGUUCGAUGUCGGAGGCCAACGAGAUGAGCGUAGAAAGUGGAUCCAGUGCUUUAACGACGUCACUGCGAUCAUAUUCGUAGUCGCCAGCAGCAGCUACAACAUGGUCAUACGAGAGGACAAUCAGACAAACCGGCUGCAGGAAGCCCUCAAUCUCUUCAAGAACAUUUGGAACAACAGGUGGCUGAGGACCAUUUCUGUAAUUCUGUUCCUGAACAAGCAGGAUUUACUGGCAGAGAAGGUGCUGGCAGGAAAAUCCAAAAUCGAGGAGUACUUUCCAGAAUUCGCUCGCUACACUACACCCGAUGAUGCAACACCAGAGCCAGGCGAGGACCCCCGAGUUACGAGGGCCAAGUAUUUCAUUCGGGAUGACAUGUUGGUGUAA